AUGGAGGUUCUCAUCGGCAAUAGAGAAGUAUUACUUACAACACACAAGACGUAUCGUGAUGACGGUGAGGGCGGGGUAAGGUCGGUAGCGGCGUACACACCUUUCUGCAACUACCUGGCUGCCUGUGCGGAGCACGGUCCAAUGCCGUCAGCCUUCAUUGUCCGAAACAUAAGACGCAUCGCUCAGCGUGUGGUGGGUGUUAUUAUGGAUGUCGAAUGCGAAACACAGAGUGGGAAGGUUGUCCAGACGGUAGACCUCUGCGAUUCUACCCCUGUUGUACUGCUCCCCAUUGCCAUCGUGAAUGAUACGAAGUACGCCUUGCUUGUCCGCCAACGUCGUGUAUCUGCUGGAUGCAAAUUCACCGUUGAGGCGUUCUGCGGAGCGGAGGAUUGCGAUGGCACCAUCACGUGGACAAAUGGUGAACUUCUAACGCGGUUAGGCUUUGAUCUUAACAGUGUUGAGGUGCUGAGUCAAGUUAAAUAUACUGUGGGGAAUGAGGGGACUGCACCUUACAAGGUUUGCUCUGCCAGCGUGUUGAUGGCGCCGGAGAUAUUUCAGGGGGUGCAGGAAAGUGCAAAGGGUGCAGAGACUUCAUUUAUUGCGGUACCAUUGGAAGAGGUUAUGUUCGCUGUGAGCGAUGCCAAGGCGGGUCUCGCUGCGUCGCUGGUGUUGGCCGAGCCAUUGGAAUAG